AGAAAGUUGGAAAUAAUACCUAAACCUACUUCUUGACAUGGUAUCAAAACAGAGCUUUUGCUGAGAGUUUGAUUUAUAAAGAAAUUAUGGUUCGACUGACCUUGGAUCUAAUUGCCAGAAACAGCAAUCUUAAACCCCGAAAAGAAGAAACUAUUUCACAGUGCCUGAAGAAAAUAACUCAUAUAAAUUUUUCAGACAAAAAUAUAGAUGCAAUUGAAGACCUCUCUCUUUGCAAAAAUCUUAGUGUUUUAUAUUUAUAUGAUAAUUGUAUUAGUCAAAUCACUAACCUGAAUUAUGCCACAAAUCUGACCCACUUGUACCUACAAAACAAUUGUAUUUCAUGUAUAGAGAACCUCAGGUCAUUAAAGAAACUGGAAAAACUGUAUCUGGGAGGCAAUUACAUUGCUGUCAUAGAAGGUUUAGAAGGAUUAGGAGAACUAAGAGAGCUUCAUGUUGAGAAUCAGAGGCUUCCCCUUGGGGAAAAGCUUCUGUUUGAUCCAAGAACUCUUCAUUCUCUGGCAAAAUCCCUCUCUAUAUUGAAUAUCAGCAAUAAUAAUAUUGAUGACAUUAGAGAUUUAGAAAUAUUGGAGAAUCUUAAUCAGCUUAUAGCCAUUGACAACCAACUUCUGCAUGUGAAGGAUUUGGAGUUUUUACUGAACAAGUUGAUGAAGCUGUGGAAAAUUGAUCUAAAUGGAAAUCCUGUUUGUCUCAAACCAAAAUACAGGGACAGACUGAUAUUGGUGUCCAAAUCACUGGAAUUUCUUGAUGGAAAAGAAAUUAAAAAUAUAGAAAGACAAUUCCUAAUGAAUUGGAAAGCAUCCAAAGAUGCCAAGAAAAUCAGCAAAAAAAGGAGCAGUAAAAAUGAGGAUGCAAGCAAUUCACUCAUAAGUAACUUCAAAACAAUGCAUCACAUAGUUCCUGUUUAUUACCCACAGGUGGGUAAGCCAAAAUUAGUCUUUUUCUCUGAAAUACAGAGAUACCCUGUAAAUGGAAAUGCAUCUCCAGAAAGUUCCCAAGAAGAUUACACUAAAAUUAUUGAAGAGAUGGGGAAUCUUUCUUUGAAGCAAUCUGAAAGCUUGCUGACAAAAAAUGAUGUGCGUGAACCUCACCUUUUCCAUAACCCCAAAGAAAAAGAAAAUUUGUUUGUGGAAAAUGAGUAA